AUGCAGACGAAUACAUGGCGGGCGCAUCAAGGAUGGCACCAGGAAAGCGGUAAACUUGCAGACAGAAAGGCAUGUGUGUGGCUCGAUGCUGCUUUUUAUGAAGGGGGAGAAAGGGGGUGGGAACAGGGGGUAUAUGAUGACAGUAGCCAGGCCUUUUUCGAGACAUUAAGGGGGCAGGUGGAAGCGGCAGAUUGUUUCAAGCCGCGAACGACAACAAAAGCCUCCCCAACUUCGCCUCUCCCCCAAGCCGGGCCGCUUUGCCCCAGCUUUCCAAGAAUGAACAGCCAUCGCACCACGUCUUCCAACCAGUCUCGCAGCAGCACGCCUGACCUGAUCGCCUCCAGCGCCGGUACCGCCUUGCCCUAUGCCACGCGCUCCGCCAUGCACCUGAAGGGCCUGGUUCCGUCGGGUGUCGAGAACUUUGACAUACAGGAGAAGCGCGUGCUGGAGCAGCUCCAGCUCAAAAGCACAAAUAUCGAAAAGUACAUAUUCCUGUCGUGGGUACGAACGACCAACAUCAAUCUGUUCUAUCGGCUGGUGCUCCACAACCUCAAGGAGAUUGCUCCCAUCAUCUACACGCCGACCGUGGGCAAGGCAUGCCAAGAGUACUCGCACAUUUACCCGUUCUUGGCGCCACCCAAUGCAGUCGAUGGCCUGUACAUUCCAAUAACCGAGGUCGACAAUAUUGAUGAGAUUAUCAGCAACUACCGCGAGUCGAUUGAGGGGGACGAGCCCGAGAUAACAGUCAUCACCGAUGGCUCACGCAUCCUGGGCCUGGGCGAUCUGGGCAUGAACGGCAUGGGUAUUCCGGUAGGCAAGCUGCAGCUGUACGUGGCUGCGGCUGGUCUUCAUCCCGACAGAUGCCUGCCGAUUGUGCUGGACUUUGGCACAGACACAGAGCAGUACCUCCAGGACCCGCUGUACCUUGGCAUUCGGCAGCACCGCCCGGACAAUGGGACAUUCUAUGCUGCUGCUGACAAGAUCAUCACUGCGCUGCACAAGGCGUUCCCAAAUAUGUUUAUCCAGUUCGAGGACUUUAGCACUGACCAUGCUUUUGGCCUGCUCGACAAAUGGCGCAACCAGAUAUUGUGUUUUAACGACGAUAUCCAGGGCACCGGGUCAGUUAUCCUUGGCGGCUUUAUCUCUGCCGUGCAGCAGGCUGGAAUCCCACCAAAGGACCAGCGCAUUCUGUUCGUUGGGGCUGGCUCCGCCGGCGUUGGUGUCGCCAAGCAGCUGGCUGACUACUUUAUCAUUGAGCACAGAAUUCCAGAGGAGCAAGCCAAGGCUAUGUUCUGGUUUGUCGACUCGCGCGGCAUGAUCACGGCCAACCGCGGCGACAAGCUGGCCGACCACAAGAUUUACUUUGCCCGCCACGACAACGGGGCUACACAGUGCAAGACGCUGGAGGAGACGCUCGACUACGUCAAGCCGACGGCACUCAUUGGUCUGUCAACCAUCUACAAGGCGUUCCACGAAGGUAUUCUGAAGCGCAUGGACGAGCUGAACCAGACGAACCGCCCGAUUAUUUUCCCGCUAUCGAACCCCGAAACCAAGGCCGAAUGCUCGUUUGAGGAGGCCAUGGUGCAUACAAACAACCGUGUGCUGUUUGCAUCUGGCACCGCGUUCCCGACAUAUACGAUCCCCGGGACCGGCGAGGAGCGUGUUCCCGGCCAGGGCAAUAACAUGUAUGUGUUCCCACCCAUUGGGCUUGGGUCGGUACUGUGCAAGCCUAAGCGCAUCACCGACACCAUGAUCUUUGCUGUAUCAAAGGCGCUGGCCAACUCGCUGACCGACGAGGAGCAUGCUCGUGGCGAGCUGUACCCGCGCAUCGAGCGCAUCCGCGAAACCUCGGCGCAGAUCACGGCAGCGUUUAUCCACCAAGCGGUCAAGGAGAACCUGGCGCAGGAGGACUCGUGGAUCCAGAUGGUCAAGGAGAGCAGCGUCGUCGAGGAGGUCAAGAAGAGGAUGUGGUUGCCGGCCGAGAACUUCCAGCAGCUAGUCACGUCGUGCCCGCACUACCACCAUCACCCGCACACGCACAUCAAGCUGUAG